AUGGCUCACCUGGGUGAACGUAAAUGGACUCACAUGUUCCCUUUUCUGGUGGUUUCCCUGGUGUACUCAGCAAGCGCUGAAUACUCCAACUGUGGUGAGAACGAAUACUACAACCAGACCACCGGCAUGUGCCACGACUGUCCCAAGUGUGAGCCAGGAGAGGAGCCUUAUAUGACAUGUGGAUAUGGCACCAAAGAUGAGGACUACGGCUGCAUUCCUUGCCCGUCCGAGAAGUUUUCCAGAGGGGGUUACCAAAUAUGCAGACGUCACAAAGACUGUGAGGGAUUUUUUCGAGCCACUGUCAUGACACCUGGUGAUCAAGAGAAUGAUGCAGAGUGUGGGCCUUGUCUCCCUGGUUACUACAUGCUGGAAAACAGACCUCGAAACAUCUACGGCAUGGUUUGCUAUUCAUGCUUGUUGGCACCUCCUAACACCAAGGAAUGUGCAGGGGCUACCUCUGGCAUUUCAGCCAUUUUCCCAAGUACCUCUGGCACAAGCACCUUCUCCCCUUACCAGCAUGCUCACAAAGAUCUUUCAGGGCAAGGACAUCUGGCUACAGCUCUUAUAAUUGCAAUGUCUACCAUAUUCAUAAUGGCUAUUGCUAUUGUCCUCAUCAUCAUGUUUUACAUUGUGAAAACAAAACCUUCUGCUCAAGCCUGUUGCAAGAGCCACUCUGUAAAAAAUGUUGAAGCUCAGGCCAACACACAAGAAGAGAAGAAAGAAGUGCAAGAUAAUGUUGUGAUAUUCUCUGAGAAAGAAGAGUUUGAAAAGCUUACAGCAACUCCAGCUAAAACUGCUAAAAGUGAAAAUGAUGCAUCUUCUGAGAAUGAACGACUUUUAAGUCGUAGUAUGGAUAGUGACGAAGAAGCUGCAGUCGACAAGCAGGGGACUCCAGAGAGGUGCUUGUUGUCUUUAGUGCAUUUGGCCAGAGAUAAAUCUUCUACAAACAGCAAAGCAACUGGGAUUCAAAGUCGAAGGAAGAAGAUACUUGAUGUGUAUGCUAACGUAUGCGACGUUGCAGAAGGUCUGAGCCCCACAGAGCUGCCAUUUGAUUGCCUGGAGAAGACCAGCCGAAUGCUCAGCUCGACGUACAACACAGAAAAAGCCAUCGUGAAAACGUGGCGCCACCUCGCCGAGAGCUUUGGACUGAAGCGAGAUGAAAUCGGUGGUAUGACGGAUGGCAUGCAGCUCUUUGACCGCAUCAGCACAGCGGGCUACAGCAUCCCUGAACUGCUAACCAAACUGGUGCAAAUCGAGCGGUUGGACGCCGUCGAAUCUUUGUGUGCAGAUAUUCUGGAGUGGGCACAAGCGAUGCCUGCUCCUGCACCAGUGGCAACAUCCUGACAUACUGGUCCGGGAUCUUCGCUGUCGCUCCGUCUGCAAGAACAGUGAUUCCAGAAAGCACCAUGUCAAAGACUUUGUCCGAAGACCAUUGUUUCUUCUGCAUAGCCGUUCCCCCACCCAACGGGAGGCUAUUGCCUUUUAUUUCCACAAAAGUGAAGUUAUGCCUAUAUGAAAACCAGAGUAGACAUCUCCCACAAAGCUUGGUAAGAACAUAUAAUUAAACAAAAUGGUUUUGUUAAACAGUUACCGAUAAUAAGUGGACACAAACAUCCCUUUUGCAGUCUGUCUGAGUAUAUGUGCAGCUAACCCUGCUGAUAUCCUUCCUGCCUGGCUUUCAAGAAAGCUUUGCUCAAUUCUGUAAUAGUUACAGUUGAAAACAGUGCUACAGCUAC